CCGCGUUUGCGUCAUCCAGCGCCGACCGCCGAGUGGCGCAUGCGCAGAGCCGGGCAGAGGCCAGUGUGAUGUCACCGGCGGCGACUGGGAGAAGCCGUGCACUGGGCGGGUCGAUGCCGACACCAUGAGCAACAGCCACCAGCUGCGGCCGUAUAACUCGGUUGGGGAGAUCGAUCACGUGCACAUCCUCUCGGAGCACGUGGGCGCCCUGAUUCACGGCGAGGAGUACAGCGAUGUCACCUUCCUGGUGGAGAAGAAGCGCUUUGCUGCCCAUCGUGUGAUCCUGGCCGCCCGCUGCCAGUACUUCAGGGCAUUAUUAUAUGGUGGAAUGCGGGAGGCACAUUCCCAAGCCGAAAUCCCAUUGCCGGAUACACCGGCAGAGGCGUUUACAAUGCUUUUGAAAUACAUCUACACUGGCCAGGUCACAUUGAGUCACGAGAAAGAGGAAGUGUUGUUGGACUUCCUCAGCCUGGCCCACAAGUACGGAUUCCCAGAGCUGGAGGCUGCGACGUCAGAGUAUCUCUGCACCAUUCUCAGCAUCAAUAAUGUUUGCAUGGUUUAUGAUGUGGCUAAUCUUUAUUCACUCAGCAAACUUUCCAAUACUUGCUGCUUAUACAUGGACAGAAAUGCAAAGGCCAUUCUUUGCAGUGAAGGCUUCCUGUCCCUUUCAAAGACGGCUCUGCUCAAAGUCGUGGCCCGAGAUUCCUUCGCUGCUCCGGAGAAGGAUAUUUUCCUGGCUCUAAUGAACUGGUGUAAACAGAAUCCAGAGGAGAUGCAUGCAGAGAUCAUGAAGGUGGUGCGACUCCCGCUGAUGAGUUUGACAGAGUUGCUCAACGUUGUGCGGCCCUCAGCACUCCUCUCCGCCGACACCAUCCUAGACGCUAUCAAAAUCCGAUCGGAGAGUCGCGAUAUGGAGCUGAACUACCGGGGCAUCCUCAUCCCAGACGAGAACAUUGCCUCGAUGAAGCACGGGGCGCAGGUGAUUGGGGGAGAACUGAAGGCUGCUCUGCUGGACGGCGACACUCAGAAUUACGAUUUGGACCACGGCUUCUCUCGGCAUCCUAUCGAUGAGGACUGCCGGUCGGGCAUCGAGGUGAAACUGGGCCAGGCCACAAUCCUCAGCCACAUUCGUAUGCUGCUCUGGGACAGGGAUAGCAGGUCUUACUCAUACUACAUCGAAGUGUCCAUGGAUGAGCUGGAUUGGAUUCGUAUCAUUGAUCAUUCCAAAUACCUGUGUCGUUCCUGGCAGAACCUGUUCUUCACCCCUCGUGUCUGCCGAUAUAUUCGCAUUGUUGGGACUCACAAUACGGUGAACAAGGUUUUCCACCUGGUCUCCUUUGAGUGCAUGUACAGCAACAAGCCCUUCUCACUGGACGCAGGAUUGCUGGUUCCCACAGAGAACGUGGCAACUGUGAGUGCCAGUGCCACGGUGAUAGAAGGGGUGAGUCGCAGUCGGAAUGCUCUCCUGAACGGUGACACCAAGAACUACGACUGGGAUUCGGGCUACACUUGUCAUCAGCUGGGGAGUGGAGCCAUCGUGAUCCAGCUGGCACAGCCCUUUGUAUCGGCUCCAUGAGGUUGCUUGUCUGGGACUGCAACUGGACCCUAGAGUGUCU